CAUCUGUACUCGUAAAACAUUGAGAAGCCAUUAAGAGUGGAUAAAUUAAAUUGAAGAGGUAUUGAAGAGUCUCGAUAUGGAAAGAGGCAUUAAAGUUUCUGUAAGCGUUAAGAGUAAACAAGUGAUUCGGUCAUUAACCAAAUAAACAGAAUCCAUUCGGUUGAUUCGAUUUUUGGUUUUCUUACCUAUUACGGUAGGUUCGAUCCGGUUAAUAUCCACCAUUCGAUUUUGAAAAUUUUUAGGGUUUAAUUGAGAAGAAUGCAGGUGCGGUGUUGCGAAAUGUUUGCUUGCCAUUGCUUAAUGGAAUGAAUUAGCGAAAAUCAGUAAGGUUUGAAUUUAAGCAGUAUUUUGCUACCAUGGUUCAGAAAACAGAAGCAGCAGAAAAUCACUCAUACACUCCGGCUAGCUCGAAAAGAAAGGCUCGAGGGAAAAAACUGGAGUUCUUUGGUUGGGGUUCAAAGCAGCUGAUUGAGUUCCUGGAAUCAAUUGGCAAAGAUACAAGCACGCAGAUCUCUCGAUAUGAUGUUGAAGACAGUAUAAAGACAUACGUUCAGGAGAACAACCUUCAGCAGCAGAUGAAGAAGAGGAAAAUUGUUUGCGACCACAGGCUCCAUUCACUUUUUGGAAAGAAGAUCAUUGAUAGAAUCCAUAUCUAUGACAUGCUGGCGGCUCACUACGCUGAGAAUCAAGAAGGGGAUGAUGAUUUUUCAUCCAGUACCGAUGAGGAACAGCAUAGAAGUUUGGCUUCAGAGAGAAAAAGUAAUCAAAAGAAAAAGAUUGAGAAAACUCCCAAAAGCUCUUUUGCAUCUGUCGUUCCAGAUAAUAUAAAGCUUGUGUAUCUCAAGAGGAGUUUAGUUCAGGAAUUUCUUAAAGAACCGGACACCUUUGAAGCUAAAAUAAUAGGAAGCUUUGCGAGGAUCAAGUCGGAUCCUCUUGAUUAUUCUCAGAAGAACCGCUACAUGCUUGUUCAAGUCACAGGUGUUAAAAAGGUCCCAGGAACUAAUGACAUUCUUCUUCAAGUUUCAAAUUUUAUAAAAGAUGUUUCCAUUUCUAUGCUUUCAGACGAGGACUUCUCUCAGGAAGAGUGCGAAGACUUAAACAGUAGGGUAAAGGAGGGGUUGCUUGAGAGGCCAACACUGGUGGAACUUGAAGAAAAGGCACAAACUUUGCAUGAGGAUGUAACAAAGCAUUGGCUUGCUGGAGAAAUUGCAUUGUUGCAAAGGCUCAUCGAUCGAGCCAAUGAGAAGGGACGGCGCAAAGAACUGUUGGAGUACUUGGAGAGAAAGCAGUUUCUUGAGACUCCAGCUGAACAGUCACGGCUGUUGUAUGAGGUUCCAGAGGUUGUUGCUGAAGAACUAGAGCUUGAACCUGUUCCUGUGGAGUUUACAGAUAAUAUAGAGAAAGGAAAGAAUGGUUCCCCAAUGUCAUCCUUCCAGGGAGCUUCAAAAAUUACUGUGCCCCAGACAUCUGCAGAUGAACCCUUGUCAACAUGGGUGUCAUUUGGAGAAAAUUCUGCAGGAACCCAGCAUGUAGUGAAGAUUUCAAAACAUAACCAAACGGAAGUUGAAGCCUGGAAUGGACAGGAGAAAAAUAAUUCUGGAGGUUUGUUUGGUAGAGUGGUGAUAGAUAUAAGUGAUGAUGAAAAGGAAAACUCGAAUGCUGGAAAUAUGAAUCAAGAUUACAACAUAGGGAGCAAGAUAUGGCAUUAUAUGGACCCUCAAGGAGAUAUACAGGGUCCCUUUUCACUCAUGUCUCUGAAACAUUGGAGGGAUGCUGACUAUUUCCCUCCAGACUUCAAGGUUUGGAAGACAACCCAGACCCGCAGAAAUGCUGUACUCCUUAAUGACAUUCUCGGUCGCAUGUUUCCCGGCUAAGUUGUUGACAGAUUAGACUAGCUCAGAUUAGACUAGCUGGUUUGUUGCUCAUAGCUUGGUAGUACAUUGAUUGUUUUGAUUCAUUUGCAAAUAAUAGAAAUUUACAUGCAAAUGAAAAAUUGAUAGAGAAAAAUAACAAUUAACAGUCUCCUAGUUCGGAUCCAGAGAUUUUGGCAUACCUUGCCUUUUGUCAAUCAGAUUCCCCAUAUUUCCAUUAGAUUUUCUCUGUCGGAAUGCAAAAUUGAAAUCCAUUGUCUACUCA